GACGGGGGAGCCACGACCAGCCACCGGCCCGCGGAAGGGCACUUCGUUCCCCCGCCAGCCGGCUUUGACGGGACGGGGCCACCGGCCACCCGAGAUCAGAGGAAAGUGAAGGAGGAGAUGGAGAGCAGCGAGGACCCCGCCGGCGCCGAGACGAACCGCCAGCACUUCCGGCAGUUCCACUACCAGGAGGCCGAGGGUCCCCGCGAGGUCUGCAGCCGCCUCUGGGACCUGUGCCAGCAAUGGCUGGAGCCCGAGAGGCACACCAAGGAGCAGAUCCUGGAGCUGCUGGUGCUGGAGCAGUUUCUGACUGUCCUGCCCCCGGAGAUGGAGGGCUGGGUCAAGGAAUGCCGCCCUCACAAUUGCGCCCAGGCGGUGGCCCUGGCAGAGGAUUUCCUGCAGAGGCACCAGGAGGAGGGCAGGCAGGACCGGAAGGGCCCAGGGAUGUUCCAUGUGGUGACCGUAAAUUUCCCCGACGCUGAGCACGCGGCAAGCAGGAGUGCAGAGAGGCAGCUUGGGAGGCCCGUCAAGGAGGAAGUCGAAGAAGACGGCCACUCCGUGGAUGAUGGGCAAAUCAACGAGAAUGAGGCGAACAGGUGGAAAACCCUUCAGGGAGCUGAAUCUCACGGGCUCUCGGCAGAUGGGACGGAAUCCGCCGGCCGUUUCCGUGAAAUGGAAGAGAGCUACAAGGGUCAGAGCGGGCCCGAGGGGCAUCAUGAGAACGGCCCAGAAGGGGCCACCGCGGAAGGGACCCCGCCGGGAGAGAAGCAGUCGUUGUGCUCCAACUGCGGGGGGAGUUUCAACCCCAGCUCGGGGUUCCUCGGGCCGGAGGGCUUCCCUCCGGGGGCCAACCCCUACAAGUGCUCCGUGUGCGAGAAAAGCUUCUGCCAGGUAGCCAAGCUCAUCGCCCACGAACGCCUGCACACGGGCGACUGGCCCUACAAGUGCUCGUUCUGCGGAAAGAGCUUCAACCGCAGCUCGGACGUCUCCCGGCACGAGAGGAUCCACACGGGCGAGAAGCCCUUCAAGUGCGCCACGUGCGAGAAGUGCUUCAGCCAGAGGUCCAAGCUGAUCGUGCACGAGCGCUUCCACACGGGCGACAAGCCCCACACGUGCUCCUACUGCGGCCGCAGCUUCCACCAGAGGUCGGACCUGGUGAAGCACGAGAGGAUCCACACGGGCGAGAAGCCCUACAAGUGCUCCGACUGCGGUGGCAGCUUCCACCGCAGCUCGGACCUGGUCAAGCACAAGUGGAUCCACACGGGCGAGAGGCCCUACAAGUGCUCCACGUGCGAGAAGAGCUUCCGCCAGCGCUCCGCCCUCCUCUACCACGAGAGGACGCACACGGGCGAGAAGCCCUACACCUGCACCGCCUGCGGCAAGGGCUUCAGCUGCAAGGCGCACCUCGUGCUCCACAAACGGACCCACACCGGCGAGAAGCCCUACAAGUGCAACUUCUGCGGGAAGAGCUUCACCACCAGCUCGUACUUCGUGAAGCAUCAGAGGAUGCACCUAGGGCAGGAGGCCUUGCCCGUGCUCUGAGCUGCUCUCGGAAGACUUCCCCAGAGCAGGAGGACCACCGCGGGACGUGUCUCUCAACGGGGCUGGACCAAGGAUCAGGCCGCAGGUGGGAAGCUUCGUCUUUGAAUGCUCUCACCGUACGAUUAUUUUUUAAGGACAUCACCCCGUCUGUAGAAAGCUAGCAUCUCAGGGCCUUUCCCCUGACAUGCUAGGUUUCUUACAUGCAAGAAUUGAGAGCAAGAGAUAGAGGAGCAGUCAAGCGUUCCAUUCUCUACCUGCAAUCGGAAAUGGUGCGGGAAAGCUGCUGGUUGUGAAGGUUGGAUUUUAUGUUUUGCGAGAGGCGAGAGAAUAUUUGAGGCUAGGCAAGGUAGGGGGAACCGCCAAAGCCUUGCCGCUCGUGGGAAAAUUAGCCGCAUUUGCUUUCCUGAGGAGCAGAGAAUAUAAAUAAAAGCACAUGCCUCAUUGAGCGGACUCGUUUCAUAAAGACAGUGGAGAGAGGGAGAAACGCUACUCAGUUUCCCCAGGAUAUGAGGGUCAAUUUCAAAGUAUGAUCCGUGAGCAAGUGGCGUAGGAGAGACACCUACCCCCACCCCGCUUGAGAGCUGCUGCCAGUUAACACCACCAAGCAAGACGGAGCAGCUGUAAAGCAGAACCCUAAUAAAUUGUUUGCCGAGCACCUGAAAGCCCAGGCAGUGUACAGAACGCAAAAGAGACCCUGCCCCAAGCAGGGAUGCCAUCUUAUGUAGGCAAAAGAAACACUAUACCAAAACGAACAUCCAGAUUGGAGGGACAGAAAGAAAAGGAGGAUCUUGGAAUUUAAACCUAACUUUAAAGGCAAUUCCGAUAGGUUCAGGACUGGCAAAAAAAAA